AAAUAUAUCAAAAAAUCUUCUUAACAAAUAUAUCGCAAUCGAUAAAUAUUUCAACCACACAACUUUUACAUAAUCUGAAAAUCGAAACCCGAGAUGUCCUUCACACAGAUUGCCCGCAGCUGCAGUCGGCUGGCGGCGACUUUGGCCCCCAAGAGGAUCGCCAGCGCCGCCCUUGCACAGCCCCAGCAGGCCAGGAUGAUGCACAGGAUUGCCGUGCCGGCCAUGGCCAGCCAGUGGAGCCAAAAAUUCGGUGUGCGAAGCUACUCGGCCAAAAGCACCAUCGAGGACAUCAAGUUCCGUGUGCUGAAGGUUGUCUCCGCCUACGACAAAGAGUGCGGACGCAAUGGCUGGCAAACGCAAUCGGUGCGCAGGUACUCGGCGAAACCGCCGCUCUCACUGAAGCUCAUCAACGAGCGAGUCUUGCUUGUCCUCAAGCUGUACGACAAGAUCGAUCCCUGCAAGCUCAACGUUGAGUCGCACUUCAUCAACGACUUGGGCCUGGACUCUUUGGACCACGUGGAGGUCAUCAUGGCCAUGGAGGAUGAGUUUGGAUUUGAGAUCCCCGACUCCGAUGCCGAGAAGCUGCUGAAACCUGCCGACAUUAUUAAGUACGUCGCCGACAAGGAGGAUGUGUAUGAGUAAAUUGUAACUGUAAUGCAAACACCAUGAAAAGGAUUACACUUAAACUUAAAUAGAAAACAAAUACAAUUUGAACAAUAAUAAACCAAAAGACUCCAA